AUGGAAAGAGUUCAGGUGACUCUGGAUCAACACACAGCGCAUCGCUUUCUCAUUCUGUCUCCUAAUCUGAAGGAAGUGAGAUGUGGAGACAAACACCAGAACUUGCCUGAAGACCCUGAGAGAUUUGAUGAGAACUUCUAUGUGCUGGGCACUCAGAAGUUUAUAUCAGGAAGGCAUUGCUGGGAGGUAGACGUACAAGUGGACGGACAAUGGGCUGAGUGGGCAGUGGGAGUGGCUCAAGAGUCAGUCAGGAAGAAGGGAGAGAUCAGCCUGAGUCCUAAUGAGGGAAUCUGGGCUGUAGGGAAACUAUCUGGUACCCCUUUCUCACCUACAUCUUAUGUUGCUUUCACUUCCCCUAAGUGGGCCACUUUGACCUUGAAACAUGAGCCUAGAAAGAUCCAGGUGUUGCUGGACAGCGAAAUAAGAAGUGUAGAAUUUGUUGAUGCUGUCACGAAUGAGUUGAUCUUCACUUUCCCUUCAGCUUCAUUCUCUAGGAGAGAAAUCCGUCCUUUUUUCUGGGUGUCCUGGGGGGCCAGAAUGAAUUGCUGAAUCUUGGCAAGAAUCCUCUCUGGCCCUCCCCUGCACUCUGGGGAAAGAAAAAAAAGGACAUGACAAUUCUAGUACUUUC